GGUGGGCGGAGUUGCGUCCGCGUCGGUGAUGGGCGGACCGGCGUCGGAGCUGAAACCUUGAGCUGCUACCAAUGUAUCGACACCAGAUUAAUAGAGGAAUGCAAUUCACAAUACCAGUUAUGUCCAUCUAACAAAACAGUGUGCCUCACCUCUGUGAAAACAAUAGGAUUUAGCCAGGCUGGACUUGGCAUUGUGAGGGUCACCAAGAAAUGUUCGUAUCAUUCGGAGUGUACCGCUGAUGCCAGUGAUAUAAUCAUUGGAGGUAGAAAAAUUUUUUGCUGCUCCACCGACUUUUGUAAUAUUGAUAGCUCUGCUGACUACUCCAGACAUAGCUGGAUAUUGGUAGGAAGCAUCCCUGCCCUCACUUGGACUCUUCGAGAAUGGACUCUCUCAACCUAAAUGAAUGGAAUCCAACAGCCUAUGCAUGUUUGUAUUUCACAGAUUUCGCAAGAGAAGCUGUAAUGGGAAAAUCUGCACAUUUAUUUUAAACACAGAAUGAGCUGUUUUCUUAAAGUGUUGUAUUUAUUGUUGAUGUUGUUUCAUUAAGGUCAUGAUUUUCGUCAUCAUUUCUGAAGUGGCCAGGUUGUUUCAAACCCAGGGAAAGAGUCAAUUCUGCUCGAGAAUGAAACCUUCACUGAAACCUAUAAACAGCUUGUUCAUUAAAAUGAAGCAUCUUAUUGGCAAUGGUAAAUUUGUAUGCCCAAUCAAAUACCUAGAAUUAAAGUUCAAAUGAUCUGAUUGGAUCAUUUGAAUCUAAAGGAGAGGAUCUCUAUGCUACCAAGUUACAGAGAUAGGGAAAAUAUUGAUUGCAUGGUAUUGCUUUACCCCAAGAAAGAAGAUAUGAGUAAUCAUCAAUCAAAAAAGAUGUGAUUAAAGUUCAAUUGCUUUUCUUUGAAUUAAAUAAUAAACAUUAAGGGAUGACCCAAGAGAAUAUCCGUGUCAACAAUGUAAACUUUUCACUGGCCGUGACAUUACGCAAUAAAUACUGGCUGUUACAACGAAGUCUGACAAGGAAAGUAUUAAUGUCUCACUUAUCCCAGAGAUCGAUAGAAUGUUUACAGCACAGAAUGGGCUAUUCGACUUGUUGUAUCCUGUGUUGUACUGGGUGUCUGAAAGGGCAAGUUAACCAAUUACAGCCCAUAAUCCUGCCAUCUUUUUCUUUUCAGAUAGUGACCCAAUUCUCUCUUGAAAGCCUUAAUUCAAUCUGCCACCACGACACUCAGACAAUGCAUUACAGAUGCUAACCAUUCCUUGUGUAAAAUUACUUAAUUCCUCAUGUCAUUAUUGCUUCCAUUGCCAGUCACCUUAAAAUUUGUGUCCUCUAAUUCUCAAUUCUUCUGCCAAGGGGAACUGUUUCUUCCUAACUUACUUUGUCUAGUUCCUGCAUGGUUUUAAGUAGCUCUAUCAAAUCUCCUCUUUACUUUAUAGUCAUGGAGAAAAAUUGUUAUUCAAAUGCGAUCAGUGUCUGUAUAGUGUUGUCCAAGGAAGAAGAGCUUACACAUUCAUAAACUGAAAUAAAAACUAUUUAAAUUAAA